AUGUGCAAGGUUUUUGCUCUUGGCUCUAAUACUUGGAAAGUAGUAAAUCCGCCUCAUUGUCGACUUCAGUAUUUCAACACUUCUCUAAUGCACUUGGAUGGAAUCAUGUAUUGCCUCAUUACAACUCACGAUGAGAUUUGCAAUGCUAAGGUACUAGCUUUUGAUCUUCACACUGAGAAGUUUCAAACCUUUUCGAUUACUCUGGAUAUUGGGGAAAGAGGGAACUGUGAGUUAAGCAUGUGUGUUCUUAACCAUCGCCAAUGCGUCUCCAAGAGUUUUGCUGAUAACAACGACACUUGUUUCAAAAUAUGGUGUCUAGAUAUAAGCAAGACAUCUGAGGAAAUUAUGUAUUCCAUAGAUUUUUCUUGUUUACCGCCAGAUGGCAUAGUAUGUCUAAUCCUUCCAGUGGCGAACAUCAACAAUUGUGUUGUCAUUUCAAGUUACCACUUUCAACUUGGCGCAUUGGUACGACUCUACGGUUCCAAAAGCAAUAUUUUCUACUAUUGGCCAGCUUCUCAUCGUCAGUUUAUACCUUAUUUUGAGUCGCUAGUGUCUCCUUACCAAUGA